CAGAUGGUAGUCAAAAGUGCAGAGUUUCAUUUACCAUCAGAAACAAACAGGGAGCUGGAAGGGGAAGCACUCUGCAAGUUUCCUAAACACACUUCAUGACUUGAUAGUGAUUUAAGUGUGAGGACCAGAAAGGGCUAGUGGUGGCCACCAGAUCCGUGCAGAAGCUUUCAGCCGUUGUCUCAUCUUUUUGUUUAGCAAUGGAGUCUUUCUCUGCUGAGACCAAUUCAACUGACCUCCCCUCACAGCUCUGGGAUAAACCCCAGGUAAUUCUCUCCAUGGUCAUCCUCAGCCUCACUUUCCUGUUGGGGUUGCCAGGCAAUGGGCUGGUGCUGUGGGUGGCCGGCCUGAAGAUGCAGCGAACAGUGAACACAGUGUGGUUUCUCCAUCUCACGCUGGCAGACUUUCUCUGCUGCCUCUCCUUGCCCUUUUCUCUGGCUCACUUGGCUCUCCAGGGACACUGGCCCUACGGCUGGCUCCUGUGCAAGCUCAUCCCCUCCGUCAUCAUCCUCAACAUGUUUGCCAGCGUCUUCCUGCUAACAGCCAUUAGCCUGGACCGCUGUCUUUUGGUGCUCAAGCCGAUCUGGUGCCAGAAUCACCGCAAUGUGAGGACAGCUUUCACCGUCUGUGGAUGUAUUUGGGUGGUGGCCUUUAUAAUGUGUAUACCUGUGUUCAUGUACCGGGAAAUGUUCACUGUAGAUGACCAUAAUAUGUGUGGCUACAAUUUUGAUCUCUACAGCUCACUAGACUAUUCAGACUUCACCUUUGAUGUGCUGGAAAACAGGACUGUUAACAACUCCAUCAUUCAGCUGCCUGGGGAAAUGGAUGACAGGUUAGAAUCUUUCUCUUUACAAACAAAUGAUCAUCCUAGGACAGCAACUGCUGUCCUAUAUUCUGAAGCAUUGCAAACACCUUCUGGAGACUCACUUGCUGUGGAUGCAGCUAGAUCACCUGGUCAACAUCCAUAUUAUAAUUUAUUUAAGUCUGCUGGUGAGGUCUCACCUGCAAUUCCCAGUGGGUUUCCCAUUGAAGAUCACAGAACUACCCCUCUGGACAACUCUGAUGCUUUUUUCUCUACUGAUUCAGAGCUUUUCUCUGGUGUUUCCAGCAAUUAUUUAUACACAUAUUAUUUCCAGGAUGAUAAUUUAUACCAAUUUGCAUAUGACAUUCAAGUACCAACAGCCCUGGUGGCAAUGACCAUCACUAGACUAGUGGUAGGUUUCCUGCUGCCCUUUGUUGUCAUGGUGACCUGCUACGGCCUCAUCAUUUUCCGACUACGACGGGCCAGCUUUAACAAGUCUUGGAGCAAAACCUUGCGAGUGGCCACAGCCGUGGUGGUUGCCUUCCUUGUCUGCUGGGCUCCGUACCACAUUGUUGGAGUCCUAUUAUUGCUGAUUGACUCAGAAAAUCCCUCUAGAGAAGCUCUGCUGUCCUGGGACCAUGUGUCCCUUGCUCUAGCAUCUGCCAAUAGUUGCUUGAAUCCCUUCCUCUAUGCCCUCCUGGGGAAAGAUUUUAGGAAGAAAGCAAGGCAGUCCAUGAAGGGCAUUCUGGAGGCAGCUUUCAGUGAGGAGCUCACACAUUCUACCAGCUGUACCCCAAACAAAGUCUCUUUGGGAAGAAAUAGCAUCAGUACAGCUGUGUGAAAAUAUGAAGCAGCUGCCCUGGGCAAAGGUUCUUAGGAAUUCACCCAGGGCAACAUGUUUCUAAGGAUGAGGGAUAUGGUGGGCAGGGGACCUUCAGGAAAAACCAUCAAAGCAUCAGUCCAGAGGCCUUCAAAGUCUGGUCCCAGACUAGUGACAUCAGCUUCACCUGGAAACUUGUUAGAAACACAGAGUCUCAAGUCCCACCCCAGACUUGCUGAAUCAGAAUCUCUGGGGGUGGGUCCCAGCAAGUGUUCUAACAAGCUCUCUUGUUUCUGAUGAAUGCUGAAUUUGAGAAUCUCUGCAAGAAUUAGUUUAUUUCUAUCCCAAACUAAGCCAUGUGAGAUGAAUGAAAAUCUAGUCAGCUUUAAAAUGAUGUUUCCACCACUACAUUUUUUUCUUUGGUAUUAUCUAAGUCCCCUCCCAGAUUCAAUUUAAAACCUUUUCUUCUGGUCCCACCUGCAUGAAAAAUGAUCAUUUACUCUAUGGCUUUGUUGUGCUGAUGGUGGUGAUGUUUUUGAAUGAAAAAAAAAAGGUUCAAGAUGAAGUCUAUGAAAUUUUAGCAUUAUUGUCAUUGUGUAUUAUGUAGCAUAUUGUGUAGACGUACUGCUAAGGCAUCUAAAAACUUACUCAUGAGAUGGUGUGUAAGCUGCGGUUCAGGAAUCUCCCUUCUCUGUUUAUCUGCCUUUUGAUAGAGCCAUCUAUCUUUCAUUCCUUUUCUUAAGUUGUCAAUUCCCUUAUUCCUCCUUUGCCUCUAAAUUGUCUUCCACAUUAGACUUUGUGCCUCUAAUAACGUCUAAAUUCAUAAGAUUCAGAUUAUUUCCUGCCUUUUGCUCCAAAUUAAGAUUUCUCAAGAAACUCAUCUCAAAUGAAAGGAGAAAAGAGGGUGGGUGUGGAGCCUCCCUUUUGGAAUUCACCCCAGCCUGUCUGAGCACCCUUAGGAGUACCAUUCAACUUCUAAACACGUGACUCUAGGUAUGUUUCUUUCACACCAAAAUUACCAGACAUACCUUUGCAUUUUUAAAAUUGCUUACCUUUACCAAAGCAAUACAUGCACAUAAUUUAAAGAGAAUUCCAGGCUUAUAAUGAAAUAUAAGGAGUUUCCCAUCACACUCUGCCCAACCAAUCCCUCCUCCCAAUCCCACUUCCCAGAGAUAACACUCACACUCACAACAAUUUUACAUGUUUCUUCUAUUUAACCAUGUUUCUAAGUCAUGUGCUUAUGCUGCUAGUUUUUGCAAGCAUGUUAAAAUGACUUCUUGUUUUGAAAGAUGAAUUUUAUCCACAUUCUUUACUUUUUUAUCCAGCAUCUCAAUAUUCAUUCGUUCAUGACCACACAUUUUCAACUUGUCUAUCCAUUCCAGCCAAUAUAUAGCUUUAAAAAAACAUUAUUCAACUCUACAUAACCUUCUCAUUUUUCUCUGUACAUGAACUUUUAUGUGUUAAACCUCUAAAACUUCAAGUUUAUACAACAUAGCCUCAUCUAAGCUGAAUACAAUGACUUAAUCUAAAAAAUGAGAUACUUUAGGCUUGCAAGGCACUAUUAUUUGUUCAAUAGAUGAGGUGAAGGUCUGGACUACAAGUAAAUUAUAAAGUAGUCAAUUCAAACCAUUAGGAAUUCUUUGUAAGAUAAGGUAAUAUCUGACAUGAUGUAGUAUUUGCAAUGCUACCUUCCAGCUUAAUCUGCUUAUGUAUUUGAUGUGAAUAAAUAUAUGCUUUUUGAUGGUUCUUUACAAA